UGAGAUUGUUCCUAGGUUGUACCCUCGGCGAUUCACAUAGGCUUUGUACAUUACCUGUACAUACCUAGGUUGAAUGCGUGCCUGCUGAGUACAGAUGGCACGAUGCAAACUCGCGAAAAGGACAGGAAAAGUGGCGUUGCCGAUGAACUGGCACCGUAAUGAAUAAUAUUGUCCCUACCGACGUCAAGAAAUGUAUAUAAUACGCAGGUUCUGGUGUUAUAGCAAUCGGUUGUGUACGGAGGUGGUCUGAAAUGUCUCGGCUUCUCUGAGUAGGGUAGGGUAGGUACCGAGGAAUUGUUUCAUUGUCUGCGGCCUUUCGUCACUGGCGAUUCACCCACCUCAGAUCGCCAGCGCCCACCCGACAGCGGACCGAAGUCGCCUGCCCUGUCCCCACCCAAGUCACUGUUGCAACUGCACACCUUCCUGCCCAGCCCAAAGCCCAAAGCCCAUUCAUUUCAUUCCCCAUCAACGCCUGUGCUCACCACACCGACUCCGACUCAGUACCUACUCUGUAGUCUCUGUCAUUUGGAUUACUCCACUCCACUACCCACAGAGGUACUCCACUGCCGCUUCCCUCCACUCCCUUCGUCGCAAGUUCGCAACGUGAUUGACAGAGCCAUUCUGUCGCUAUCCAUAACUCUCCCUUUCCACCACCCCCCUCUCCCCUCCCUCCUGCAAUCCCACGAUCCCACGAUCCCACGAUCCAACAAUCAAAAACAAUCCCACGAUCCCGCGUUUCCCCACGACCCUUCCCCAACCCUCUCUACCUGCCUCAAGGUCGUCACAACAUCACGUCGCAUCGCAUCGUCCGCGCCGGCAGUUUUGGCCCACACCCCGCCACAACUCCACCCGGCGAAGUCGUCUUUGCCAGCCAUUGCGGCCCAACGCGUGCGAAAUUCUGUCGUCUCCUUUCGUCAGUGAGCAGCAUCUGUCUCACUCAAUAAAUGUCAGCCUCCUCAUGUCCAGCUUUCCUGUGCCUGACCCUGUCGCCUCCACCGCGCAGGUGAGGCCGGUACAAGACCAAGAUCACGAAGGUGGCCAGGAUGCUUCUUCGAAGGAAUACAACCGACUGGCAACUCCUCCCUCUCACCCUAAGCCGAUGUCGUUGUUGACACAAGCGCUGGCGGCCAAUCCUCCGGUGUCUUCUACGCCCUCCCACCCUCAAUUCACUCCUCAAUUCACUUCUACUCCCUUGCCACACUCCCCGACCGAAACACAAUGGAAUCUUCGUCGAGCCAAUACUGAAGGUAGCAACCAAAAGCCCUUAUCAAAGAUGGCCAUACCGACAUCGAAUUCGCAAGCUCAUUCGCGACCCGCUGCCAGCCAGGGAACGACUUCUAUGGCCAACGCCACAGAGUUUAUCUUUCGAGACCGAGACGGGUUCGAUGCACUAAUCUCCAAUCCACGACAGCUCUUUAGUCGAGCGCGCGGUCGAGGAACAUCUUUAGAGCGUACCGAGAAGGAGAAGAGGGUGCAGCAAGUCCCCAAAGGCCCUUGUUUUACAAAUGCUGGCGACACGGGGAUGACUACCCCUCCCCCACAGUCACCAUCAACCGAUGAUCCCAUCACGAGCAAUAUACCGAUCGAGGGACCGCGGGCAGAAUAUCGGUUAUGGCGGGACGCUCUACACCAAAACAAAAAUUCAGAAAAGACAUGGUCCAUCAGCAGCCAGGGAGUAAAGGACAGUCAUUGUGGACAGGUUGAAAAAUCCGUCACGGAGGCUCUGGCGGGUGUGGAACAUAGCAAUCGCAGCAGAAAAACCAGUCACACUUUGGGUUUCUUCAAAGAAGGUCUGCCCGAAGAGAAGCAAACUAGACGUGAGCCAAAGAAUCGAGGCCGCUCAAAGGACGGCAGCAUUUCCCAGCUGAGAACAUCUGGUGACCAAGAGCAGGGAAAGCAUCGCGAUGGGAAAGGUACAUAUGGGCGAGAAAAGACGAUCAUUAUCCAGGGACGGAAGUCGGUGAGCGGGGACCCCUUGCCAUCGCCACUCGAGCAGGAAGAAGAUCAGGCACAGCAAACUCAGGCAGAGAGUGUAGAUGCGACCAAGGCUUGCGCCUCGAUUGAAGAUGGAGGUGGAUAUUUCAAUUCCCAGCAUUCCAGCGAACCAAUCCCAGGAGCGUUGAAGCGUAUGCCCACCCAAUUACUCGCAGAAAUUAGGAAGCAUCACAAUCUUACACCAGGAAAUGAAAAUGGCUCGUCGUUCUCCCGGAGUAUUCCUGUCACUGAAUCGGAACGAACGAGGGACGAUGGUGAAGGAAUCCACUCUGUACUUGACCGACACCAUGAUGCGAGGAGUGAGGGAGAGGAUACCGAUAGUCAUGAUGAGGGAAGCGAAUUGACUCAGACUAAGCACACUGAUGAGGAGGAAGACUCGGGCGAAGAGCAAAUUUCUUCAGCGCUUUUCGUGCCUCAUCAAACUCCGCACGAGUCACCUGAAAGCACGACGGAAGAUUACGGCGGCCCUGAAAAUCUGAGAUCGCAUGAACAGAACAAGCUGGACAGAACAAAUUCGCAGCAAUGGCUGGAAAAACAUGAGGUACCAUCAUAUGAAGUAGACAGUCAAUAUAUUGGUCAAGAUGCCAAAUCGCAAGGCGGGAUUCGCGUGCCACAAAUCAUUGACAAGGAACCAAGCGGUGUCACAGAUGUCUCUGAGACUGACCAUGAUCAAGAAUCCCAUGAUGACGGUUUAUCUUCAGCGACGGCGGACGACACUGAUGACCCCGAACUUACACCAACAGGAUCACUAAAGACAGGCGUAGGCGCAGGGCUCAGCAAGGCUAAACGGCAGAAAAGUCAUGUUGAUACCCAACAACUGCAACCUAGCCCUAAGCAGCCCCUAGAGGCGAUUGAGCUAAUCCCGUACAAACAUCAAGUUGGGGGCCAUACUACUAUGUGGCGCUUUUCUAAGCGCGCUGUCUGUAAACAACUGAAUAAUCGUGAAAACGAGUUCUACGAACAAGUUGAACGUUAUCACCCCCGUUUAUUGAACUUUUUGCCUAGGUACGUCUUGUAUUUCUUUUCUAGUUGUGUUUGGUUUACCUAUCUACGCAGUAAUGCCAGCUAAGUGCCUACACGCGCAUCUACGUUUUUGGAUGGUUACUACUGCCUUGCGAGUAAGCACAGUCCAAAUAAGAUAACCCUUGUUAACAUAUUAUUCAUAGGUACAUUGGCGUUUUAAAUGUCACAUUCGAGAAGCAGAAUCGGCGAAGAUCCUAUAAAAAGGAUCCUCAGGAUGCUGCUGCAGACCGAGAGGGUGUAACAGUGGGUUCGCAAGAGCAGAGCAAUGGGCGACAGGUUGGUGAUGACACCAAUCGCCAUCAGUCUUCUGGUGAUCGCCCAGAGCACACGAGAAUGAUUAGCCAAUCUAUCAAAUCUUCCUCAGUGCCAAUCCCGACUGUUACUUUUGCAAACAAUAGACAUAUCAUCCCUACGAGCUUCCUGCAACCCCACCCCUAUGCGAUUGAUCCGCAAAAUAGGUCCAAAAGCGACAGCGCUGCCUUGAGGAAGCUAAUUCAGGAUCAACCCCAGACACAGCCUCCUUUGCCAGAGAAGGAGUUUACCUUUAGACCGACUUUGUCUGAUAAACAUGCAGUAAGCUGGGGCGCUACAACUGUCAAUAAGAAGUUGAGAAAUGAAGUUUUUGGUGAAGCGUUCUUGCAGCAACCUAUCCCAAUUCACCGACACAAGCGUCCUGCAUCCCAACAGCGCUCACUGCCGCAUCGUCAUAAGCAAAACCUCAGGCCAUCAAAUUCCGAAUCAAGUCUGCAAGCAGCCCAAGGUACUCGGACACCCAAUCAGACAAGAGAGGAGUCCAUCCGGAGACGAGUCUUGAAGACGGCUGCCGAAAAACGACGGAACGUGUCUUCUAAUCAUUCACAGGAUCAGUCACAGGAGCAAGCGACAAGCAAGGCUUUAGGGGAGGAGGAGUCCGAUCUAGAUUUCGAGGAGAAGGCAGGCACCAGUGCACCGGAACCAGAAAUAGCUCGCAACAAUCAAGGCGGGCCGACCAAGAAGCCAAAGAGACGUUACUCAAGUGGUGGUCUUCGACGCAAACCUUCCAAAGUGGAAGAGGGUCGUGGCCAUCUGAAAUACUUUGAAGAGGCCGACGACGCAGGUUACAAAGGAGAUGUCGAAGAGGAUGUUUUCGCUAUGGAUCCGGAACCUCCUAGUACUGCUACCGCCACUCCAGAAUUGGAUAACAAAAACUCUGCAUCCGGAAAACUUACCGUGGAAACCGGCCAAGUCCAUUCUCAGCUUGAUCUUCCAACCAAGGACACAGCGGUGGUCGCUCCGGACAAUACUGUCUCCGCACAAUACUUGAACACUCCUCGUCCUGUAAACCCAAAGGAGGCACAGACCCCAUCGGGUUCCCGCGUGGAAUAUUUUCUUUUGCUGGAGGAUCUGACAGCUGGCAUGAAACGUCCUUGUAUUAUGGAUCUCAAAAUGGGCACACGACAAUAUGGGGUGGAGGCAAACGAGAAGAAGCAGAAGUCGCAGCGUCAAAAAUGCGGGGCAACUACGUCCAAGGAGCUUGGUGUGCGUCUUUGUGGAUUGCAAGUAUGGGACGUUCAAAGUCAAACGUAUGUCUUUCAAGAUAAAUAUUUCGGACGCGACUUGAAAGCAGGACAAGAGUUUCAAAAUGCGUUAACUCGCUUCCUGUAUGAUGGAGUCGAUUACUCUAGCGUUCUUCGUCACAUCCCGGCAAUCUUGCACAAGUUGAGACACCUUGAAGUCCUCAUCCGCAGCCUUGUAGGAUACAGAUUUUACGCCGCUAGUCUUUUGAUGUUCUAUGAUGGGGAUGUAGAGGAUGCCACGGACGAUGACACGGAUUGUACUACAACAACCGAGAAGGAGUCUUCUGGGAGAAAGAAGGGCAUCGAUUUCAAGAUCGCCGAUUUCGCAAAUUGUGUCACCAAGGAAGAUUUGCGAUCCAACGAUCGACCAUGUCCACCGCGACAUCCGGAAUUACCAGAUAUGGGAUUCCUACGAGGACUAAAGUCUUUGAAGGCAUAUUUCUUGGCCAUACAGAAGGAGUACAGCCACCAGGGUUCACCAACAAACGAUAUGGAGUUUAACGGAAACGGGUGUCGUGAUGGUGCUCUAUACGAUGGAUUGGACGAUCUUGACGACGAUGAUGAAGGGGGUAUCAGUUAUUGAUGAGGAGGGUAAAUGAGGCUUAGAUAAGAGACGCUAUUUUUUCUUUUUCUUUCAUCGUCAGAUUGUAGCUAAGGAUGAUAAGGAAUGGGCUUGGGAUGCAUCUUUUUCCAUUCUUUUUUCGAUUUUGGCUGGCUGGGUGGGCGUUUGGGACUCGUUCUUUCUCAUGAUGUUUUUGCGCAUACCCUGCAUAUGGCCGUGGCGUUUUUCCAUUCAUACUCUUGUCCCCCUCAGAUUGGCUUCCUUUUUUUUCUUCUGUUUUUUAUCGGAAAGGGGAUUCGAUACCAGUGGGGUUGGCUGGCUAGGUUUGGGGUUCAGGUUUUCCUUCGUUCCUCUCUUUUUUUUACUUUACUUCUCCCUAGAUAUUCGGGUUGUGAUGGUUGGGUGAUUGAUACCAUUUUUUUAAUUUAUUCUGGCUCUCGCGGGCUGGAUGGGUGUGUGGGAGGGAUGGAUGGAUGAUGUGAUGAGGGAAGGGUAUUCUUUUAUGGGGGCGAAGGAAGAUGAGAUGAGAUGAGAUGAUGCCAUUGCCGCCUUUUUUGUUGUUGUUGUAGUGGUAGCAGUAGUAGGGAUGAAUUAA